GAAAGUAAAUCCGCCGUUCACAAGUUUUUCAUUGAUGACUUGACAACAACACGUAACGAAGACCUGUAUAGUUUAUCGGCUUAAAUGGGACUAAUUAUUAUUUAUGAAGCCUUGAUGUAUUUGCUGGUACUUUUAUUUAACUGUGCGGUGGCGCAAGUUUCAGGAUCCAGUGAUCUGAUUUGUUCUACUAAGGCAUUAUCCGUCUGGCCCGGUGAUGACGUCAUCCUACCGUGUCGUCUUCAACCUCCACUGAGUGCUGAGUCCAUGAGGGUGGAGUGGAGCAGACCUGAUCUGGAGCCAGGAUUCAUCCAUGUUCACCAGGACGGACGCUUUUUAUAUGAGCUUCAAAAUCCACAUUAUAAUUAUCGCACAAGUCUGUUUGUGGAUCAGCUGCCUAAUGGAAACGUCUCCCUGAAACUGUCCAGAGUGACUCAGUCUGAUGCAGGAACAUACAGAUGUUCCCUUCCCUCAGUGCAGCAGGAAGCGUCUGUGCAGCUCAGUGUUGGGUCAGAGGUCAUUGGAUCUGAUCAACCAGUUCAAGCAGUGGUUGGUGAUGAUGUCAUUCUGCCGUGUCACAUGGAGCCUUUGGUCGAUGUCACAACUCUGGCUGUGGAGUGGACGACACGCAACGGAGCAGUUGUUCACAAGUAUAAAAGUCAAAAAGACGACACAGAUAUUCAGAAUGAUCAGUUUAAAGGCAGAACUUCUCUCUUCCACGAUGAGAUGCACAAAGGAAACAUUUCACUAAAACUGACAAACGUGACUCUGACAGAUGCAGGAAAUUACACCUGUUCUGUUCGCAAACGACUACAAAAAAAGAAGGACAACGUUGAGCUGUUUGUUGAUUCCAUAGAUAAAAAAGGAAGAGAUGUUAACAGUAAGACCACUGCUCUUACUGCUGGUCUCACCGUCCCUGCCGUUGUUAUCCUGAUUGCUGGUGUUGUAGCAGGUUUAAUUUGGUGGAAACGUCAAAGAAAAUAUCGACAAAAUGUGACCAAAUGCAGAAAACAAAUUUCUCCACUGUGGGACAAAUAAAGAACUUUCCUUUUCUUCUACUACACCAUCGUCCUGCACUGCAUUUAAACCUGAACUUCAUCAUUUUUGUGAAGAUAAUGUCUUUUUGAGUUGUUUGACAAGGUUCUACAAACAGAGCAGAAGGAACAUGUCACCUGUUUCCUUUCUCAUCCUUUCUAACUUUAACUGUUCUUACUCAUCUGAAUCAAUGUGUGGUACCAUAGAACGGUACAGAACCUACCAGCCUCCAACAUGCAUCAAUACUUUAUCUGUUUUAUUUGCUGUGAUGAUGUACAUAUGGUUGUUAUAUUUAUUGUUUAAAUGCAUUUUGCACAUUCUUCAACAACACAGAGAGAAAAUGUGUUUAAAUUGACCAGGGACCAAAACACUGACUCCCAGUUAACAUGGAGCCAGUGGGUUUAUUCACAACCUGACUACGAAAACAGUUUCUAAGCAAAAAACAUGUGAAAAGCUUUUCUGACGUCAAGAAUGUGAAUCCAGAAUGUGGACUUUGUUAUGAACCAGUGGCCCUUUUAUUUCAGAUGGAGAUAAACUUAUGUGUUGUUCCAUCUGUGCUGGUUCCUCCUUCUGUCCAGAGACUGUUUGCUCUGAGCAUAUGUUACUUCUCUUAUGUUUCGGAGUCUAAUCCUUUGGAUGAACGAAGAGCGUAUGUGGAAUUUCCAAAAAUCCUUUUUGGACUUUUUCUUAAAAUAAAGUUGUCUUGUGGUGAUUUAUCCAUGUAUAAUUUAAUGUAUAAUCUUUAAAUUUAAUUAAAAGUAUAAAAGACACAAAGGCAGUGUGACUUACAGUACGCACCCAAUUGUCCUGGUGGUGUUAACGUGUUGUGACCCAAACCAACACUGAGCAACAACAGAACCGAGCUGAGACGACGUCUCUGACUGUCGUCACUAUGAGCGACGAAGAACAGGAGGCUGAACAGGACCAUCAUCAUCAUCAGUAAGAACUAAUAAAGCAAUGGAAAACGAGGCUUAUCGGGCAGAUGUUGAUCAUCUGGAUUAAACUACAACUUGUUUGAAGCUGUUGUUUCUCUACUUCAGGUUUUCUGUG